AUGUCCAGCAUCUCCUUGUUUCGUCUCCCGAUUAAGCCAAACAGCUUGUACCUCAUGAACGUCCUCGUCUAUUCAGGUUCUACCGCGGUGACGCCGAGAGCCUCUCAAGAGCUUCAUUCGGUUCUCAGGAGGGUUUUAUCACGGGCGUAUGAUGUCAAACUAGCCAAUGCCCAUCUGUUCAACCACCAACCAUGGCAAGAGCAUACAUCGUUAAUAGUCUUUCCGAGCCUUGAUUCGAACGAACAUGUCGGCCUGGUCACGGAUACUCGACAAACAAUUCGCCGGUGGGUCGGUCGAGGUGGAAGGUACCUGGGGCUAGGCACUGGAGCUGUAUUUGCCGGAACCGAUCAACUGGGGCUUCUUGGUCUUACCUGGAAUCUUGUUCCCUCGCCAGCACUUUCGACCUCAGCAUCACGUCCCUCCCACAGGGAACUAGUUUUCCCAUCACAUACCGACCCCUUGGCUACGCUUUUGAUCGAAGUUGAGAAAUCUGCGUUUGAAGCAAGCAUUCCGGCUGAAGAUGGCGAGCCGACCGUAUGGGCGCAAUAUCAAGAUACUGAUGAUGAUCAAGAGCACAUCGCAGCAGUUUGGAGCACCUAUCAAAUGGGAUACCUGGCGCUGGUCGGAUUUGAUCUCAGCGGUCACGUGGAACGGUUGAUGGAAAUCCUCAAUUUGAUCGGUCUCGAAGGCUUGUCUGUCUCAGAAACCACUGAUGAAAAGCCAUCCCCACUGUACUUCGUCUCUUCUUCCUCGACCGCAUCAGCUCAAGAAACUCAUCGGCGUAUCUUGGAGCGGUGUACAGGAGAACACGUACUCGAAGACGCCGAUGUCACGUUUGCUGUGUUCUCCCAAUCUGAUGCUGCUUCUCCAACUGUGCCAACCAAGGACACACUGCAACUUUUCUUGUGUCCGCAGACGAACUCAUUCCAGCCUGCACCGCCUAUUUUCGAUCGUAAUCGUUAUUUUUCACUGAUUGAGUCGAUGUCUCCGAUCGGGAACACUAUUCUGUACGCCGAAACGAUGGCAAGUACUCAAACACUACUUGAGAAGAAUACCAAGCUGGCAGACUUACUUCCGAAUGGGACGGUUUCGAUCGCGCAGAAACAAACCAAUGGCCGAGGCCGGGGCUCGAAUAAUUGGAUCUCGGCCGAGGGAUCGAUCCAAUUCUCCGUCUUGGUCAAAGCUACAAACAUGGGGUCUAGCGCAGUAUUUGUGCAAUAUCUCUUCGGACUGGCAGUUAUCGAAUGGAUCGAGAAAUUUUUCAAUGGGAAGGUAUUGGCUCGGUUGAAAUGGCCAAACGAUAUCUAUGGAUCACCUACCGGUGGAAAAGCCCGAGAAGACUUUAAGAAGAUGGGCGGGAUCCUUGUGAAUUGCUCGUUUGGUGGACUCAGUGGUACUGAAUGUAAACUAGUGAUUGGCUGUGGAUUAAAUAACCAUUCGGCACCCCAAUCUAGCACAACAAGUCUGGCAGAUCUAAUUCGAGCUACUGGUCGAAAAAUGAACGAGGGGGAUGGCCUCGAUUGUGAGCAGCUCAAGCACCCAAGUGCUGAAGAGAUUAUCGCAGGGAUUUUGAGUACUUUCGGUCAGAUGUGGACCCGGUUUGAAGCUCAGGGUUUCCAACCUUUCUCUUCUCUCUACUUAGCCCGUUGGCUCCACUCAGAGCAAGUUAUCAAGUAUGAGAAAACAGGAGAAGAGCUGAAGAUCGUCGGGAUUGACCCUUCAUACGGGCUCUUAAGAACAAAGCUGGUUAGAAAAUCCGACGGAACUGCAAUCUCGCAAGAAGAAAUCAUCGAUUUGCAACCUGACUCGAACAGCUUUGAUAUGUUCUCCGGUCUCAUUAAAACCAAAAUUUAA